AUGCACGCAGCGUUCACAGACAUCAGUUCCCUCCUUUCGAACGAUGUUUUUUCUGCGUUUCACCAACUACACCAGAACCUCCGAGCCGUGUGCUCUGAGCGAGCUUUCGCCGCGAGAAGCCGCGCCAACGCGGAAGCCAGGCUAAUAGCGCGCGUCUCCUGCGGCCUCCGCUUGUGCUCGCUCGAUCGGGCCUGCGGCGAGGAGGUUGCAGACGCCGUUGGUACUGCGGCCCUCAAGCAGGCGUUGGCGGCUGGACUCCGCCUCCCGUCCCGCUUCCCUGCUAGCGCGACAUCACCUGCUGACCGCCACAGCUCCGCCGUCUACCUCCAGGCAGCAAAGGACAAUCACACCGCCGAGCGCACAAUCCAGUGGGAUGGGUUGCGGGCAGCGCUCGACGCUGCAGUCGCCCAUCCCCAGCAGCGGGCCACAACAGAAGAGGCAUUUACCAUUCUUGUCAGGUUUGGGCAAGCACCGGUUCAUGGAACGGCGCUUGAGGGAUUUGCGAAGAUCGCCGAAGAGCUUGGGUCGGGGAAUCCCCCCGCUCUCGGCGGCCACAAUACGACCCCCACCGUUCGGGCCGGGAGUGCCAAUGGAGCGACGGCGGCUCUCUCAACAACGUCCCUCGGCGCCAACGCGGGGGUGAUCAUUGCGAAGGGGACAGGCCAGGCCUACGAGCACUGCCCAUCAGGCCUUAGCGACGCGCUGGAAGGAGCGGCAGCACCCGAGUCCGGCGGAUGUGGCGAAGCUUCGUCGGUGCUGCUAGGGGCCGGUGAAAUCGCCGAUCUUGCCGCAGAGCUGGACCCGAUGAGACGAAUAGAUCGCGCUUUCGCCACAUUAGCUGAAACGUUCGAUGGAAGCGAUGCCUCAUCCGUAGCUGGUGCUGCCGCUGCGAGGGGACGGCGGCGGCAACGCCAUUACCGCUCUCCGUUGCAUAGCUACGCCGUCGCCAGGCGAUGCCGCAACUGGAUGGACAAGCUCGAGGAGGUGGGGGAUCUCCUCACGACGACUCAGCUAAGGCUCGGACGACGGGGUCAAGAUCUCCUUCUCGCCGUAACCGAGGACACGACGGCGCCAGUUCCUCCCGACAGCCGUCCGCCUACCGCAAUGUCGGAACACGAACUGAUUGCCCAAGCGAAGGCCGUGAUGGCAUCAGCGGCGCGACGUCAGCUCGACGAGGCCAACAGCGGCAGCAACGCACGCGUCGUCGACGGAAAGGGCCACGACGGCGCGGCUUUUCUCACUGCUCAGAUCCACCGCCACACACCGUUGCCGGACCGUUCGAAGGAAGGCGUCCGAGCGUUCGAGGGACGGGGAUUCUACGGCGGCCGCGGGGCUGCAUCCCGAACAGGGGAUGCGGGGGAACCUGUUGCUGUGUUGGAAGUCUCACCCGCAUUCGGAAGGCGAGAGCCGACCACAACCGACGGUGGUCAUGGAAGACGAACCAUCGGCGAAAACUUGGCCUUUGCGGCGUCCGUUCUGUCGGUGCGGGUUCUCCGCCAGCAACCCGGGUUGAUUGGCGUCCACCCCGGGGCAGUCGUGGUCGAGGACACUACACGCAGCAGGGGAGUUGAUGCUGUCGGAGAGAGACGGAGAGAGGAGAGUGUAGACCCUGCUGACGGAUAUUCUCCCGUGCCCGUGCGGAUCGUUUGCGAGCGCCUGGAAGGAUGGAGGUCGCUUCGUGAUGUGAUCCUUGAGCACGGUCCGCUGGCGAUGCCGUCCGAGAUAGCAGCGGGCGAGGGGGGCGAAGGGCUUCGCGUCCUGCGCUUUUGGGGCAGACAGCUGGCGUCCACUCUAGAGUGCCUAUCAUCCGCCUCGCUCCUGGUUCGAGACCUGCGUAAUUCGACUGUUUUCGUCUCCCCGGACGGGUCGACCGUCAAGAUCGUAGACUUUUCUAGCUUAGCGACAUUUUCUUCAGACACCGGUCUCGUGUCCUCGGAGGCCCCCAAGCUCGACUGCGACAUCCACGGUCCAACGAUGCCCUUGACCCCACCAGAAGCUCUCGCGAUAAGGGGGAGCACGGAAAACGGAGGCGUCUCUGACGGCAGCGGUGGGUCGAUCGAGGACAGCCCACGCGAUGGUGUUUCGCUUGUUCUCGCCGACACCGGGAGACCGGGACCGUUUCCCAUCACAGCCGCCUGGGACGUGUGGACGCUCGGGAUCCUACUCUUUGAGCUAGCUUUCGGCCAUCCGCCGCCGGCGUACGGCGAGUCUCUUCGUCGAGGGCUCUCCUCCUUGACGCUUGACAACGCCACCAGUGGCGGCACGAAGGUCACCCCGGUUCCGAAGCUCGACGAUCUGGUGACCGAGAUCCAGUACGAUUUUCUUUCGGCGGUCGGCGGACUCACCAACAAAGGAGAGGAGAACGGGGUGGGGUUGGCGACAGCGCACGUCGGCGAUUCUCCUCUCGAGAAGGCGCUGGGAUGUAUGUCCCUAGGGGUUGCCAUAGGAGAGGGGGAUCCAUUCCAUGUGGCUUCGUCUGCAGGCGUGGGAGAAGGUACGUCUGGCAUCUGGGACGAUGGUCGGAUAUCGGUCCACCGGUUUCGGCGAGCUUGGGUCCGGCGGCAGCUGCAGAUGGAGGAGGGCGGGGAUCUCGAAGUGACGACAUGGCAGACGUUUCAGGAGAAACUCCGAGAUCACCUGGAUGUCUCCGUUGCCUCGGCGGUGGCAGCAACUACCCCGUGGUCGCCGAUAAGCGGGGGAGACGAAGGCGGCGGUAGAAAAAAGGUCGACGCCGUCCAUCAUGACCACGGUGUGCCCUUUUCCAGCGAACGAAUGGCACGGCAGGCAGCCGAAGCCGCCGUCGAUAGAACGGCGGCGCAACUGGUAGGAGCGGACCCCAGGCAGACCGGUCGACUUCCGUUCUCGGUGGUGCGGGGCGUCGUGCGUGAUGAGCUCCAACUGUCUUUGUCGACCGGUGAAGCCGAGCUCGUCGCGUUUUGCCUUCGAGACGCAGGAGGGCCGGAAGGCAGUUGCGGCGAUGCUGAAGGCCGCGACGCUGACAGUCCUGUCGGCCAGCCUUACCGCGAAGGCGAAUGGAAUGUUUUGUACAUCCCUUUGGUGCACGUUCUUCGGGCGGCGAGCCUUUCCUCUGCCGCCCCCGCCCCCAGUCUAUCAAGGUCGUUACGCGCAGGAGACGGCACGUUGCCUCCCCCAACCCCGGCGUCUUUCGUAGAGCUCCUCUUUGCCUGCCUGGAGCCGAACCCGAAUCGCCGCUCCUCCUCGGCUAGUCUUCUAGACCUUCCUUUUCUUUCUCCCCGCGGGCAGCGAACGAGUGGCGAAGAUGACCGCAAGGCUGCUGCGGAGUACGUGGGCGGGUCUGGAAAUGAGUUGUCGCCAACGAUGGCGUUGCGCGAGCGUGUGGAGUCCCGAAUCCAAGCGCUGGAGGCAGCGUCUCCUCAGUCCAAGAACAACCAGGAGGCUGUGUCUACGCUAAACCAUCACUCUGCGACCAGGGCGAGGCCUGUCCGCGGCAGGGGAGGCGAUGGUGCCUCGACAAAUGUCGGCGUAGGCGUGCUAGUCGAGGCAUUGAAAGAUCUGGAGGGUCUGGUGCAUCGAUCAUCGCCGCCUGUUCACAGUCUGGGCGAGGAUGACUACCCGCAGCAGGCCCGCAGGGUGACCCUCGGCCACUCGAAACUGAUCGGCGAGAUCUUCGAGACUGGUGUUCUAGUGAGAGCGGCGGCGCUCGCCCUUAGGUUCUUGGAUCGAGAAGAGGCCGAGGCAGUCGGCCGCGGGGUUUCGGGCGUCGGUUUCGUGGAAGGCGACCCUAGAAAAACGGUCGGGGCCCGCGUCCUCCUCGCUCUGGCCAGGGUGCUCGAGGGGCUGCUAUUGGACCUGAGGAGACCAGGCAGUGCGGUUCGGCCGUACGCCGACAUCAUCUUGCGGUGUCUGGUCACCCUGUUUCUCGGGGAGGAGGGGUUUCUUGCCGUCAGGUAUGGCAAUAUCAGCGACACUACGGUCGGGAAGCCUGAUGCUGCAGCCGAAAGUGCGCAGCACAAACAUUCAAGCACGGGCUGCUGCGAAGGUGGGAAGUCGCACUGGCAGCCUGCGAUAUCGCAGAUGUUCGAAGGCCUGCUGGUCGAAGCGGUGGGAGAGACGGGAGAGGGAGGUUAUCCAUACCCCACCAUCCAGAGGUAUAUUCUCAGGUGUGCGUUGGCGAUACAUCAACCUGGAGCGGGUGCAAUGCACGGUGAUAGUGAUGAUCUGGAAGGACUCGGGGACGUUAGUGACGGCUGGGCAAGCUCCUCCUCCGAUGACGAAGAUGACGGCCGCGAUGAUGACAACGGCAAUUUUGGUGACACUCGCGGGGCCAGCACCGGGGGGAGCAGUGGUCUCAUCCGGUCACAUGUACCACCCAUGUUCGUGCGCGCAUCCACGUACUUCGCCGAGCUACUAGUGUUAGGGAGGGUCCUGUAUGCACUUCAUCGAGGCAGCCGAAUAACCACCGGCGGAUUCGCCAGCGCCACAGGCCGGGCUCGCCGACAGGCGACCGCGUACUGCCUGACGGUAGUGCGGAUGUGCUGCGACGUCGGCAGCGGGGGCCUCGACAAAGCCGAGCCUCUCGGCUGGAUGGGUGGCGGGCGGGAGCUGGACGAGGACGGGGCCACCCUGCAGCGGACGCAGCUCUUGGUGGACGCGCGCCUCGGGGAGAAGCUGGCGCCGUGUCUCCACGACCCCGACCCCGACGUCCGAAGAGACGCCGUGAGCUGCGCGCUGUCGGCCCUCCAAGGAGGGCACAAGCGCCUCCAGUGGAUUUCCAUGUCGGUUCGGCGGUUGGACCCGCGGGCUCUCCUGUCUCUGGGGUUCUGCACGACGGUGUGGGUUUCGGCGUUUGCGGCGAUUAUCCGCGGCCGCGGCGCUCCCGCCUUGGGGUCCGCCAACCCCACCCGCUCCGCCCGCGAGUCGGAAGAGUAUUUGCGGAGAAUGGCCCUCCAGUGUCUCGGGUACAUGGCCGAAGGUGGAGACCUUGCCACGUACAGCUGGCGCGGAUGUCGGGUGCUGUCUGCCCUGCAAGGGCUACUCAGCCGUGGCAGACCUCCGGGAGUGGGCGAGUCGAUGCCAUGGGGUCGAAGUAGCGGCGGCGACCGCCGUGAGGGGGGGAGAAGGCCUGACUCCAACGGGUGGAAUGAGGAGGUCGUGAGAGUGCUUCAGUCUCUCGCCCAAAACGGGUCAGGGGAGACCCACUCCAUGAUUCGCGCGCAGCCCGGGCUCACUGGGGCGUUAGGGGAUACGCAGUUGAUUCUUAGUUCGGAAUGGUUGCUUACUCCGAAGGGAUUAGCAUCCACAGCCACCGAGUUCUUAAAAGGCGCCGGUACUCAAAACGAGAUAUUGGCCCUGGUGCACCGCGUCAGAUCGAUGUUGGCGACGGCGGUUCGGAUUGGCGACCUAAGGGUUCUUGGGUCAACCGACCGUCUAGGAACUAUGAACAUCCCUGAGGCUACCAGUGUCACGAUGUCGUUGGUGUGGGGCUGGAUGCAGAGGACUCUACUGCAGCUUUCGCGGGAUGAGUCGGACCACCCGUCGACCGCGGCCAGGGCGUCCCUCGCGUGGGAGUGUCUCGGGCUGAUGCACUUCCUUCUGGGCACGGCGGUGGCUUGCAAGCUUGCUCGCUGCAAGAUUCAUCCUGACCUUGCUGGCGAGGUUUCUCGAGCAUCCGGUGGCGGAGACAGCGGUACAUCCUCGUCGUCAGAUGACAAAGGCAACGGCCGUGACACAACCACCGCCGAUGCAACUUCCGAUUUGGCGAGGGCGCAAACGGGGUUGGAAACCCUGGUGCUUCUUCUGUCAAUGGAAGCCCCGACGUCGCUCGAUCUUUACCGGGCCCACCCCAUCCCAACCCUCGCAGUAGGGGCGACAGACACGCUGGCAGAAGCCCUGGCCCACGGGGACCGGGAAACAGUUGACGCCAUGGAGAACCACGGCUUGGGAGUGCGGCUUGGUCUGGCGGUAGAAGCGUCGACGCGGCUUACACGAGAAAGCCGCCGGCUAGGGGUGGAAGAAGUUCACCUGUUACGAACAUACCCCGCCGGAAGGCUGGCGAGAGUGAAGCUAUUUGAUCGAAUCUUGUGCCACCAAGGGGGCCGCGGCGGCGGCGGCGGCCGCGAGUUGCAAGCCCAACUUAUAAUUUCCGGCCUUGUGGAGUUUAUCACGUCAAAUAUGCUGCCCGAUUGCGCCGUAACGGACAUCGUUAGCACACGGCUUCCGGCCGCUUUCGUGCGGCACAACGGGACCCCGCUCGUGAGAAACGAGGGCAUAGCGUUUCUGGAGCGGGUGGUUGCGAGGCGCGCUGGUUGCCCCGCCGUCGCCCGCGAAGCCGCGAGGCAGGCCGUGAGGCAUGGCCUUCCGCCCGCAGAGUGCACCCGUCUCCGAGAAAAUCGCCACCGGUCUGUACGAGCCGGGGCGUCCCGCGGCGGGCUGUGCUUCGUGCCAGGAGAGACCAUGGAGCUGCCGAGACGAGGCGGCAGUGGGCUCGUUGGGUUCGCCGUAAGGCUACCACCCUUGGCGAGGUUCCACCGACACCGAACACUCACGUGGCGCCCAUCGAGGAUAGGAACUUCGGCAGCGGAGAACCGCAAGCACUGGCACGGCACGAUGUCCAUAGUACGACAGUUACGCCGCAACCGAACCAUAUACAGGCAGCGCUAG